UCUGAAAUGCUAUACAUGCGACAGCUUAACUUAAGUUCUGGUUGCGGGGAAAAUGAUUUUGACCCCUCUAAAGCCUCUACGACGACAUGUGCCCAAGGUGAUGUUUGUGCGAAAGGCGUUAUUGGAAAGCUUGCCCAACGUGCUUGCGCUACUAUAGCUGAAGGACUAACAAAUAACAAAUGCUAUCCUAAUAAAGAUGUUUCUUCGAAUAUUUUCUAUUGCUCUACUGAUUUGUGCAAUAGUGCAUUGAGCAAAAAUCUUGGUCUUGUCUUAGCCUUUAUUGCCUUUAUGACCACCAAGUAUCUGUAGAGCCAGUGAUUUACCUGUAUCACAUAUUACAAUAGCUGUUUGUUGUAUCAUUUUAAUAGGCCUACACGUGCUCUAUAUUUGGCAUGUUAGCAUAACUUUAAUACUUAGAUAGUACUGUAUACAUAUUACGUAUAACCGAAAUAUUCGUCACGAUACGAAAUGAUGUUUAAUACGAAUGGAAAUUUGAGAGUUUAUGCCUAUGUAGAAAUGAACUCUGAACAGUCUUACGGUGAUGCUUUAAAAACCUACAAUUGUUUUUUUUUUUUUUUGUUUUUUUUUUUGUUUAUUGA